AUGGGUGUCGAAACUUCCGCCCACCAUGGUGAGUCCAUUUCGGAGGCCGAUCUUCACCAACCCCAGUCUCCCAUCCAGAAGCCCAUGAUGACCGGGGUUGAUACUCCCAUUCCUCGCCUCACUCUCCGGACCUUCAUCAUGGGUGUUUUCGCCUCCCUCGGUGGUCUUGUUUUCGGCUACGAUACUGGUCAGAUCUCCGGCUUCCAGGAGAUGGAUAACUACAAACAACGCUAUGGUGAACUUGGUUCUGAUGGCACCUACUACUUCAGCAACGUCCGUACUGGUCUCAUUGUCAGUCUGCUUUCCAUCGGUACCUUGAUUGGUGCCCUCUGCGGUGCUCCUAUCGCCGACAAGCUGGGCCGGAAAUGGACCAUCAGUGUCUGUACUCCUGCCGCCAAAUGGUAUCAGAUGGUUGUUGGUCGUUGGGUAACAGGUCUUGGUGUCGGUGGUUGCUCCCUGGUCGUUCCUAUGUAUCAGGGUGAAUCGGCCCCCCGUCACAUCCGUGGCGCCAUUAUCUGUUCCUACCAGCUGUUCAUCACCAUGGGCAUCUUCUUGUCCUACCUCUUCAACCUGGGCACUGAGUCUCUCAAGGGCACCGCCCAGUGGCGCAUUACCCUAGGCUUGACCUUCGUCUUUGCUCUCACCCUGGGUGGUGGUAUACUCUUCUUCCCUGAAACCCCUCGCUUUAACUUCCGCCAAGGCCGCGUCGACCGUGCCCAGAGCAACCUGGCCAAGUUCUAUGGUAUUCCUGAGAACCACACCCGCAUCCUGGAAGAAAUGGGUGAGAUCCAUGAGCAACUUGAGGCUGAAAUUACAGAUCAGAAGUGGACUGAGUUCUUGACUGCCCCGCGCAUCUUUGUUACUCAGGUCAUUCUUGGUGCAGUCAACUUUGGCAUGACUUUUGGUGGUCUCUAUAUUGUGGAGAACUUUGGUCGUCGCAAGUCUCUGACGGUUGGUGCGACCUUUAUGUUCAUUUGCUUCAUUGCCUUUGCCUCUGUCGGUCACUUUGUUUUUGACCAUGUCACCCCUGAAAACACUCCCGGUGCCGGUAAGGGAAUGGUCGUCCUCGCCUGUCUCUUUAUUAGCGCCUAUGCGAUGACCUGGGGCCCUAUGAUAUGGGCAAUCGCUGCUGAGCUUUUCCCGUCAAAAUACCGUGCCAAGGGUAUGGCGUUGGCGACAGCAUCCAACUGGCUGUGGAAUUUCCUAAUUGGGUUUUUCACGCCCUUUAUCACAGGGGAUAUUGACUAUGCCUAUGGCUAUGUGUUUGCUGGCUGUCUCUUUGUUGGCAUUUUUGUUGUUUACUUCUGUGUUAUUGAGGGACGUGGCCGUACACUCGAGGAACUCGACUGGAUGUACGUCAACCACGUGCCCCCAUGGAAGAGUGCCGACUACGAGCUGCCGCAGCGAAUUGAAUACACCGAUCCGGGCUACUCGCGCAAGGAGAAUGACGCUGCUCAUACUGAAAAUGUAUGA